AUGGGCCCCGCCUUGGCUAUAGCGGAUGUGACUACAGAGGACGGUGACGUCACGCGCUGGCGAGUCACGUACCGCGUGUGGGACGCUGGUGACUACAGUCCUAUCCUUCACGUGCUCACACCUGAUAAGCCCAUAUGCCCUUCCUUCGUUUUGCUCCCCUUCCUCCUCACCAUCCCCAAAUCAACCAAUUCGCAGUGCGACCAUGCCAUCCACGGCCGGUGGCUGUUCAACGCACAGAAGCGGGCCUACAAGUGGCAAUUCUACCCAUGCGCGCAUCCCCUCCCCCCCACCUCUCAGUGGCUCUCCGCCCUCCAAUCCCGGGGUAUUUCCGAGAUUAACUUUGUCGGGGAUUCUCAUGUGCGCUUCCUCUGCCACCACCUCUUCUUCCUCCUCACCGGCAAGGCCAAUGCAUCGGCUGUCAAGCUCCAUGAAUAUCACCAGUUGGUCGUGCCGCCCCCUAGCCCAGAAUUGCAGCCUCUGACGCUCAACUUUUAUUGGAUCGGAGGGAUUUACAUCGACGGGCCUUUUGGCUGCAGCUAUAAGAAUGUAACGUCAUUUGAACAGCUCACGUUUCCAAACAUUUCCACGACAGCCAGUGUGACGCUUGUAGAUGGUGGUUUCUGGAUGACGGUUUUCUGCGCCGAGCCGGAGAACGCGUUGGGGUAUUAUCUCCCCAACUACCUGCAGUGGGUUUACUCUCAGAAGGAACUAGCCAUGCAGGCGCAGCGGCAGCCGCAGCAGCAGCAGCAGCAGCAGAAGAAGCUGCAGGGAAAUCAAGCUUUAACGCUGCCCGCCAGGGCGGGCCCUAGGGCUAUUGGUUGA